AUGCCUAACUUCGGUCGGCCAAGAAUGGCUCUGAGCACCUCUGACUAUCGGGAUGUGCAUGAAGACGGGGGUCUCAAGCCUGCGGAUAAACGCCGGAUCGGACUAUUAGAGGAUCGAACAGUCGAUCACAGCACUCAGAUCAGGGAUCUACAAAAGGAAUUGACGUCGGUCCGCAGCACACUUGAAGAGGCCUUAGACUUUCUGCGUGAAGUCACACAAGAGAAUAGUGCUCUGAAGAAGAGCCAUGAGAGUACUUGCCAGAACCUUUCCGACUUGUGCUCAGACAUGCGCUCACUUUCCACGGAGCACACUAACCAUGUCUCCAAGGAAGAGCUUCGGUGUGAGCUCGGCAAAGUCAAAGACAUGGUCUAUGCAGUCAAAGCAGAUCAUGAUAGCUUGGAUAUCCGAACCACUGCGGUCGAAAGCGAGAUAGACUCACUACAUGAGCAUGUGGAACGCAAUGAAGCAUGGCAAGAGACAAUGUGGAGGAGACAGAAAAUCUCCGACGAGAGUCACCAAACGCUCAAGAAUCAGGUUGGGCCAAUUCACCCCUCCGGACUGUCUUUGGUGGAGCAGAUAGACUCACAGAGCUCGACCAUUGUUGCCAUCAUCUACCAGAGCAACGGUCUUGCUGAAAAUGUUGAGUAUCUCCAGAACGAGGUUCAUCAAUCAUCACAGCAACUUAACCGGAGCUUGGCAAUGGUCCAGGACGACGUACGCGACCUCGAUUCUGACAUCAGCAAGCUGGAGACAGAUCUGUAUUCUCUUGAAGACUCACUGCAUAAAGAGCAAAUGUGUUCUCGUCAUGACUCGGAACACAUACAGAGAGUCGAGGAGCGGUUACAGAACCUCCGUCAUGAGAUGAAUACUCAGAACAAACGACAAGAGGAUAGUGCACAAGACGUGGAGCACAAACUGAUUGCUCAAAUUGAGCAGGUUCAAGUCGAAUGCACCGUUCCGAAGGCACCCCUAGCAGAACAGUGGGGGCCACUUUUGGAGAGAGUCACAAGAAUCGAAGCCUCUGCUGAAGUACACCACCAGGAAUUCAAGGAGCGUAUCACAACCAUUGAGAAUGACUUGGACCAGGUGAAAGAGGACGAACCACAAAACUUGGAACCCGAGAAAAUGAUAACUGCAGAUCAAUGCAUCAUUCACCAAAAUGAAUAUGUGGAUUGGCUCCGGAAUCAUGAUUUCCAGCUCCCAUAUGGGAUGCAUAAUUUCAAGAAUCGGGUGGUGCGUGUCGAUGACUACCUGCUGUUCUCCUGGGGAGGCCAAGAGUGGUUCUUGAGAAGAGCCGCCCAUUUCUGUUCCGAGCCAAAACGCGCCGAAAGACACCAGCGCGGCCUUGAUGAUGACGCUUACGAGGCCAAAGGGAGGCCAUAUUUUGAGUAUGCCUAUCGCAGCAGCGGGUUCGAAGCUAUUCACAGGUGGUCAUCCAGAUCUAGCGUUUGUACUUCCCGUCCCCUUCCAAAAUACUUGGUUCAUCUAGGAGAGAUAUACUCCAAUGGAAAUCCACAAGGGGCCUCCAACAUGCCCCUGAUUAGUACUGGCUUUCACUUGUUCAUGGACAUCAUCACGCCUAAGAAGCCUUUGUGGAUCAUUUUCUCACGGGAGGCAUCUGACGGCACUACCGCUGCGUUCAACGACCAGUAUAGGAUGUUCGACCAGCUGUUGGACAAGCGUUUUGACGUGGCUAUGAUAGCUGAGAGCAUCCACGAUUGGAACUCCAAACUAUGGGACACCACCGAGCCCCGACUUGUCGCCUGGAAGGCCAAAACUUGUAUGGAGAAGUCUUUCCAACAAGCUGGCACAGUAUUUACUUACCCGCACCUUGACACCCUGUUUCACACGCUGGACAGUGAAAGGGCUGGGUCUCCAGGUGAUGGACCUGACUGGUACAAGGGUGCAGAAAGCGAAGAUUAUUUGUAG